AUGCCUGAUCCUAAUGGCACUGCUGUUGUCAUGAAAUUUGCUAAUAUUCUAGGGUUAGAACAAUAUCUGUAUUCAAUGACAUUGCAUACCAAUUCAUUUGAAAUUGUACCUGUGCAAUUAAAUAUUAAACAUGUACGUAAAGCUUCAGAGCAAAAAAGUAAGUGUGUAAAAGAUCGAGAGUAUCUUCAGAAAAAGAGGCUUUUGGUAGAAACUGAAGGCGAUAAACAAGCUAGACUUAAGAAAGCUAGUGAGUAUAAGAAAAGAAAGCAGUCAGAGGAAACUGACAGCUAG